AUGUCAACAUUGGCGUUAUCACCAAGCAACAAGCUCAAGCGCUCAAUCCCAAACUCACCUAGUAACGAGAAUGAGGACGCAUCAGAUAUAAAACAUGACAGAGAGAAACGAUACGCAAGCGGGCCUACUUUGGGAACGGAAUCACUAAUUUCGCCAUCCAAGAGACAGCUACUCAAGCAAAUGAGCCCGAAUGUGUCGAAAAAGUCGAAGCAAGCGUCAGAGUCCAUUGUGAAACCGCCAAAUUAUGUUACUGAAUCCAAGUUUCAAAGACCUCAAUUGCCUGUUUCACUCAAACCCAAAUUGGACGAGAGAUCCAAAACUUCGCUUGCAUUGCCAUCCACCAACUUACCUCCUUCGUUUGGCUUGCGCCGCUCCAACUCGUUACUCAAUAGAUCCACCAGCUCGUUAUCCGAGCAAUCUUUGAGCUUACCAGACAGAUUCAUUCCUUCGCGACACAAUUCUAUAAGCGGCAAACUUGAUUCAUCAACUGUAUCCCCAGCACCCAACGCAUCUCCAGAAACACACAUAAAGGCACAAACAUCAAAGAUAUAUCAGCAUCAUGUGGCCGAAGCAUGUGGGCUAGAGGUCAAUUCAAGAAUAUUACUCUACCAACCACCACCACCACUGAGAAAAAAGCCCGUUGAUCUUGCAACGCAAUUGAGCCAAACAAGCAAGCUAAAGAUUGGCAAGCACUCACUCCCGCCAUCAAUAGCUUCAGCAAGAGCGAAAAAGAUUCCCUCCGCUCCGGAGAGAGUAUUGGAUGCACCUGGAUUAGUUGAUGAUUUUUACUUAAAUUUAUUAGCAUGGUCACUGUAUAAUCUUUUGGCAAUUGGGCUCGAGGAUGCCGUUUAUGUUUGGAAUGCAUCAACGGGAUCAGUGGGACUUUUGUGCGAGCUCCCAGAAAAGGCUCUAGUUUCUUCAGUUAGAUGGUCGCAAGAUGGAUCUUAUGUGUCCAUUGGGAAGGAUGAUGGGUUUAUAGAGAUUUGGGAUAUUGAGAAGAAUGUCAAGUUACGGACGCUAAAUUGUGAUAACCAUUUGACUAGGGUGGCAUCGCAAGCGUGGAAUCAGCACGUAUUAACCAGUGGGAGCAGGAUAGGUAACUUGUACCAUUCAGAUGUCAGAAUAUCGUCGCAUCUAACUGCAAAGACUGAGAUUUGCCAUGACUCGGAAAUCUGUGGCAUUGAAUACAGACAUGACGCAAAGCAAUUCGUUACCGGAGGGAAUGAUAACGUCGUCAAUAUUUGGGAUGUACGAAGCACUACUCCGUUAUUCACUAAAACCAAUCACAAAGCAGCAGUAAAGGCACUUUCGUGGUGUCCGUACCAACCAUCCUUAUUGGCCACGGGGGGUGGCUCCAACGACAAGACAAUCAAUUUCUGGAACACCACAACAGGAGCCAGAGUAAAUACAAUUGAAACAGGAUCACAGGUGAGUUCGUUGAACUGGGGCUACGCACAUGGCACAGGAAUGGAGAUUGUAGCCACGCAUGGCUUUCCAACAAACAGCAUCUCAUUGUUCAACUACCCUACAUUACAAAAAACAGGAGAGAUUGUCAAUGCACAUGAUACUAGGAUCCUUAAUGGUUGUUUGAGUCCGGAUAACCUCACACUUGCAACGGUUGCUGGAGAUGAAAACCUCAAGUUUUGGUCCUUAUUUGAUAUGAACAAAUCGACAAAGAGAUUCCAUGAUGACGAGUUGAAUGAUUCAAAAGACGAGCCAAAGAUGAAAAAGAUGAUGAACCUUCGAUAG